AACUCUACGUUUAUCUCGGAUGAGAAAUCCCAGAGAGACACACACAACCAACGGAACUGAUCUGACUCUUCAAACUGUGAGAUGUAGCUUUAUCGGAGGAUUCGCAAACCCUAAGAAUGAACUUCGUGAGCUGCCUGUGCUUACUUUAUGUGCUGUAGAGACACAUCGAGCCAUGGGUUGAAAGCGACGAUGAUAGACUGCGGGGAUACUCAACGUGGGAGGGAGCAGAAAUUUCUGUGUUAUGUAAUGAUUGACAACAACUGAUAACUAGUGGUCGAUCUUAAAUAUCAUCACCCCCAAUCAUCCCCUUCCCCUUUCCCCUUAAGUAGAGCCUAAAGAGUGCUUGAUUUAAAGGUUGUAUAAAAAAAUAUGGCACAGGUGAAUGAAUAUUUAUUACAUUUUUUCAGAUUGCAUGUAAUUACUUGAUUAGAGAUCCAUUAAAUCAAGCCUUUGCCUAAUAUAAUUGAUGUUUACUUGUCACUGCUUCCUCAUUAGCCAGACUCAGUUUUUUUCCCCUCAUAUCUAGUUUGAUGAUUAAUAUCCAUCAUGAUGCCCCCAACUCUUGACGCACUCCGUGCAGAUUUGGCAUGGGCUUUGAAAAUGACUUCUGGAAAUCAGACAAGCAACAGCAUUAUGAACUCCUCCUUUUCCUUGAACUCUUUUCUCUGCAUUGCAACACUUUUAACGGCCAUGAAAAUGCUAUAAUGCUCGUCUUUGCCCUCAGAUUUGGGGAUAUGUAGUCUUUUUGAGCCGCAAGAACUCCUAAUCUCAGUGACUCUCUGUUUCUGAACAUCCAACGGCAGCAGUAAAUCUUCACUAGUCGUUGGUCCCUCCCUCCCCCCCACUCAUCAGGGCUGGUGGGGGGGGUGGAUCUAGGCCCCCACGGGGGUCAAAACCGUGGUGGUCGUAACCCUAAAGGCAGGGUUUCCACCAUGGAGACCAGCCCGGAGAGCCCAAACCGGGCAGUGGAGUACCUGCUGGAGCUCAACAACAUCAUUGAGAGUCAGGCCAAGCUCCUGGAGACCCAGCGCCGCCGCAUUGAGGAGCUGGAAGGCCAGCUGGACCGGGUCAGCCAGGAGAACCAGGACCUGAAGCAGGAACGCAGCCCACACGGGGCUGGCUUGGAAACCCCUGAGCAGAACCACAACCACAGCCAGCCGCUGACCCUGCCCAUCCAUCACGGAGGCGGGAGCGGCGGGAACAGUGGUGCCUCUGCGCCUCAGGCGUCGGCUGGGACGGCUACAACUCCAGGGCCCAGCAGGGAGAGGAGGAGCCACACCAGGCUGACCCGAGGUCUCUCCUGCGGCUCCAACACCACCGAGCGAGACCGGCUCGAACGCACCGACAGCACGGACACCAACACCAGCUCCACCAUACGCAGAAAUGUGGAAGGGGACUCCCAGUGUCCAGACACUGGCACCCACAAAGACAGCUCAUUCAGCCAAACGCCUUACCUGCGUGGGUCCGAGCGCUACGCUGACAGCAGCAACAUCGCGCCCUCUGUGUCCCGGGACCCCUCGCACGUGUCCGUCUCCAGUUCAGCGAGCUUGGCCUGGGCACUGCGAACAAGACACCAACCUGCAAGUCUGGCCCUCCGCAAGCAAGAGGAAGAGGAGAACAAGAGAUGCAAGGCCCUGUCGGACAGCUAUGAACUCUCAACAGAUCUCCAGGAUAAGAAGGUGGAGAUGCUGGAAAGAAAAUAUGGAGGCUCCUUUGUAAGCCGCAGAGCCGCGAGGACCAUUCAGACUGCCUUCAGACAGUAUCGCAUGAACAAGAACUUUGAGCGCCUCCGGAGUUCGGCGUCGGAGAGUCGCAUGACGCGCCGCAUCAUCCUGUCCAACAUGAGGCUACAGUAUUCAUUUGAUGAGCGGCAGCCUCAGCAACAGGCCCAGACACAGACCAACUUCACCCACAGUGUGGCCAUAGGUCCUCCUCAUUCACCCGACCCGGACCGCCCGGGAGACUACACCCGCCUAGAGGACUCCUUUUCCAAACAGGUCAAGUCCUUAGCUGACUCCAUAGACGAUGCCCUCACCUGCCGCGCAGGACGCGAUGACUCCCAGGAGGGCAGCAGGGAAGGUGGAGGCAUCAGUGAAGACUUUGGGGAGUGUGUGUGGAGCAGCAGUAGCAACCCCUCCUCUCAACGAGGUUUGGGAGAACGGGCCAGGGGUGCAGGCGGAGGACUCAGUAUGCACGGUGACAGCACGGCCACCUCAUACAGUGACGUUACUCUUUACAUGGAUGACGGCAUGCCGUCGUCGCCGCUGUCCCUAGAUCGGGCGCCCAGCAGCACGGACACAGAAUACUGGGGUCCAGGCGGAGGUGUCGGAGGACGUGAGGACAGCAGGGACACUGAGGGAGGGGGCAGCAGUAACAGUCGGCGCAGCACCCCGUGUACUGAAUGCAGGGAUUAUCGUUUAAGAGGCGCACAUCUGCCUCUUCUUACUAUUGAGCCGCCCAGCGACAGCUCGGUGGACAUGAGUGACCGUUCAGAUCGAGGCUCCCUGAGCAGGCAGCUGGUCUACGAGCAGGAGUCUGGGGUAGGGGCUGGCUCCCCUCAGGGAACCCUCAAACACUCCCCCAACACAGGCGCCCGCCCUUCGUCCACAGCAGCUGCUCAGGGUCAGACCAGAGCCCCUGGCAGACCCAUACCAACACAUAUCCCUCACCAGGUGGCCGCACACCACCACCACCACCACCAUCCUAUCCACCACCAUCAGUACCCAGACACACCCUCGUCCUCCUCAUCCCCACAGCAACCCCCCACCACCCCUCUGUCCUCCUCCUCCUCUACAGCGCUGCCCUCCGGCGGUCUGGAGCAGCCGUGCUGCUCGGAUGGAGACAACGAUUCACUCAACUCCACCACCAACUCCAACGAGACGGUCAACUGCAGCUCUGGAUCCUCGUCUCAGGACAGCCUGCGGGAGCCUCUGCCCCCUCUGGGGAAGCAAACCUACCAGAGAGAGAGCCGUCACAGCUGGGACUCGCCGCCUUUUAACAGCGAUGUGGUGCAGAGACGCCAGUACCGCAUAGGUCUCAACCUCUUCAACAAGAAGCCAGAGAAAGGGAUCCAGUAUCUGAUAGAGAGAGGUUUUGUAUCGGACACUCCGGUCGGGAUUGCUCGCUUUAUCCUGGAGAGGAAGGGCCUCAGCAGGCAGAUGAUUGGGGAGUUCCUGGGAAACCGACAGAAACAAUUCAACAAAGAUGUCUUAGACUGUGUGGUGGAUGAGAUGGACUUCUCAGGUAUGGACCUGGAUGAUGCUCUCAGGAAAUUCCAGGCUCAGAUUAAAGUUCAAGGAGAAGCCCAAAAAGUGGAGAGGCUCAUUGAGGCUUUCAGUCAGAGAUACUGUGUGUGUAACCCGACCCUGGUUCGGCAGUUCCAGAACCCGGACACCAUCUUCAUUUUGGCUUUUGCCAUAAUCCUCCUCAACACAGACAUGUACAGUCCAAACGUCAAAGCUGAGAGGAAAAUGAAACUAGAGGACUUCAUCAAGAAUUUGAGAGGAGUUGACAACGGUCAGGAUAUACCCAGGGACCUGCUGGUUGGGAUCUACCAGCGGAUACAGAAAUGGGAGCUGCGGACCAACGACGACCAUGUGUCCCAAGUGCAGGCGGUAGAGAGAGUCAUUGUGGGAAAGAAACCUGUGCUGUCCCUUCCACAUCGUCGGCUGGUGUGUUGCUGCCAGCUGUACGAGGUCCCUGACCCCAACAGACCUCAGAGGACAGGAGUGCACCAGCGAGAGGUCUUCCUCUUUAACGACCUUCUGGUGGUGACCAAAAUAUUCCAGAAGAAGAAAACCUCAGUGACUUACAGUUUCAGACAAUCUUUUCCUUUGGUUGAGAUGCAAGUGCACAUGUUUCAGAACUCCUACUACCCUCAUGGUAUCCGUCUGACCUCAGCGGUCCUGGGCGGGGAGAGGAAGGUUCUUAUCGUCUUUAUGGCACCCAGUCAACAGGACCGCACCCGCUUUGUGAGCGACCUCAGGGAGAGUGUUGCUGAAGUGCAGGAGAUGGAGAAAUACAGAGUUGAAUCUGAGUUGGAGAAGCAGAAAGGUGUGAUGCGGCCCAGUCUGCUCACUGGAGGAGUGGUUGGAGGAGGUGUAGGUUUGAAGAGCGACGUGGUGAAUGGCACCAUGGGAAGGACAAGUUUUGAUGACAACUGCGAGGGUCUCAAACGCUCAGGGCUCAGCUCUUCUCUCAGGGACCUAUCGGACACAGGGAAACGUGGUCGCAGCAACAGUGUUGGUUCUCUGGACAGUACCAUGGAAGGCUCCAUCAUUAACAGUCCUCAGCCUCAUCAGCGCUACCCGAUGCCAGGUGUGAUGCCUGGCUGCUAUGGAACAGAAGACUUCCGGCCCCACCGCCCCAUCCUGAGCCCCGGAACGGGGGUGGGGGGUGGGCCGGGGCAGCAACAUACCACUGCUGGGACAGGAGUUGGGGGAGUCUCCAGCAGUGUAGAGAGAACAGGAGUGGGGAGUGGCCCUGGGGGGAGCAGCAGCAACAACAACAGCAGCUCUUUCCUGGGAUCCCUUUUCGGCAGCAAACGCGCCAAGCCACCAGGCCCUCUUAUUCCACCGGGGCCACCCUUCCCCGCGCCUGUCCCCCCACCGACUACAGGAGGGCCCCCUCCUCUCUCCCCUUCAUCUCUGUGCCAGAUGGACGGGGGACCCUCCAAGAUCCAGGCAUUGCACGCACAGUACUGUCACGUGGGAGCCGUGCAGCCUCCACCACCUUACUACCAUCACCAUCGUUACCACGUCCAAACUGUCCCUCCUCCACUGCAAGGUAUGGUUCCUCAUACUAUACAGCGAGGCCCACUACCCUGUCGGCCACCGCUUGGCCCCCCACAUACUCAGCACCCGCAGCUGGCCCAUCUCUCCCAGCUUUCCCAGCAUGGCCUUGCGGGUCGUUACACCAACAUGGUGGUGGGGUGUCCCCCCCCCCUUUCUCCUCUCUCCCAACAUUCCCAGAACCCACAGUUCGCCCUGUACCACGCGCAGCCCACACACUCUAUCAGAGGGGGCGGCGGCCCUGGUACCAAACUACCAUUAACCCUGUCUCACUCCCACCCGCACCCACACGCACACUCCCAAACCCACCCCGGACACGUUCACACGCCACACCCAGGCAGCCACUCCACCCACCAAACACACUUUAUAUUCGGCACUCUGCCCCACAACCUACCGUCCGCUACCGUCAAUGCACAUCACGCUGCCACCGCCGCCCCGUAUCUGCCCCAGUACCCUCCUCUCUCUUCCAUCCCCCCUCCCCCACCACACUCCCCUUUACCCCCCCCUUCGUCCCCCCUUACCCCUCUUACACCACUCUCCCCUCACCCCCCCCAGCACCCCGUGCAGCCUCAGCAGGGGCCGCAGGUGACGGGGGCUGGAGCGACAGGUACAGGGGGCAACAGCUCCAAAUCCAAACCUAUCAACCGGAUAAGCACCGUGGUGUGAGCAGAGUGUCGGGACCCAGGGGUCACAGGUCAGAUUACAGAGUGGAGGAGGUUGGCAGAGCAAGAGCCAGAUCCAAGUCUGCCAGGACAGAAAGUAACAGCAGCAGCGCGAGUGACAAGAGGAAACGCAGUUUGCUUCGUCUCUGUUACUUUCACCUCCGUUUCCCACACAUGUAGAUGGACACAUAAAGCACAGCAAGAGUUAGAAUAGCAUGUGCACACAUCAGUGGAACCUGCACACAGAUAUGGACAAACACUCCUCACAUUUCUGCACAUAAUGUCAAAGAAAGUCUAUAGCCAUAUAAUUUAAGAUGAAUCUAAAUCUAUAUCUAAGUAUAUUGCCUCAGUUUAAAAUGUUUCAAGUCUUGUUAAGUCUAAUUGAGACUAUAUUCAUGUAAAGUACCAAAAUGUGAUAAUGUGACACUGGAAAUACAGAGACCAUAUAUGUUGAGCUGCUUACAUGGGGAUGUAAAUAAAGACUAAACCCACUGACUGCAUUUCAACGCAGUUUGCCACUGAGAAAAGCAGAGAGUUGCAAAAAAUGUCCUUUGACUUUGCAAUAAUUUUCCUGGCUUCAUGAUGUCUCCGUCUAUUCUUGCAGGUUCUGCUUUGCUGAUAGGCAUCUUUUUUUUUUUUUUUUUCCAAAAAAAAAAAAAGAACCUCAGAUAUGUUGCUUUGUCUUAAACUUCUAAAACCAGUGCACGGUUUCCUGACAGUCUUUUUGCUUAAUGGUCUUUUACAUGUCAACAGGAUCCACCUGGCUUUAUAAUGCAUUCCUUGUGGGUUAUGGGAAAUUAAUGAUACAAUCAAUCAUAUAUUUUGAAUGUUUCUGAAGCUUUUUGCUGUUUUAUCGAUAUUAUAAUACCUGCUAUGAGUAUGAUGAAUAUUGUCCAAUAUUUGUUUUGAUCAGUGAUUAAUUAUAUCAGCAGAUGUUCGUACAUGGUUAUAGAGAGUAUAUGCACAUAUAAAUUCCCUCAGUUUGCCACAGCCACCAGAGGGUGUUCCGAUAUGUGAAGUGUGAUUUAUUUCCAUAGUACCAUGGUUCCCAUUACUUCAUCUUUUUAAUUAUUAGUAUUAUUGAUUGUUCAAAAUAAUGACUGGGGUUUUGUUUUGUUUAAGUUGAUUUGAACACCAACAUUAUUCCUCCUUUUCUGUUUUGUUUGAUGUGAGCAAUAGGCACAAUCUCUUAAAUGGGGCAAUUAACAGAACUUGAAUUUACAAUGGAUCUGAGUUUACUGUUUAAUUUAUGACAUUUUUGAGGCUCGUAGUCUUGGAAAAGGGCUUUUAUUAGGGUUGUGGAAAUUGAGAAAAAGGCCCUUGAUAAUGCCAUUUCUUCAUCACUAUACAGCAUCGAUGCUCACCUCUUUGCAGCAAUGAGAUUUUGUCAUUUUUUCUGUUUUGAAGAAGCACGUUUUUGUUUUUUUUACAUGAGGUUUUGUGGUUUUGCACAUGUGAUGUCAUAAGUCAGAAAUGGCCUUCUUAUCCUCCCUCUUCAGCCACUUUUAAAGAUAUCGUAUAACAUCAGUGCUGUUGAGCGCUUAUUGUUUAAACACAUUAAAAAAAAGUCAAGAAUGUUAAAAAAAAAAAAACCUGCAGGUUCAUUCUUUUUUUCUAUGAUGCCCCUUUUGCUACAGUAUUUUUUGAGGUUGUGACUGAGUACUGAUGCCAUCGGUGCCAUUCAUCCCAAAGGGAAAACUACAUGUAUUUCUGAUUUUAGGGGAGAAAGAAUGGCUGUUGAGAAAUAAAAAAAGUCAGAGGAACAAGCUACCCAAAAAGAUGUCAAAGUUGAACGAGAUCUGAAUCCUCUAGAAAGGAUUUCAAGGAGGUUUGGAGAUAGUCAAGAAUGUCAGAUGAAGAUUUUAAAAGUAUGUGUUGGCUAGCCUUUCUUUUUAAGUGUGUCUUUUUUGGCUCUUCUUGCAUGAAUAUAUCUGCACUUAUUGAAUAGAUUGUAUUGUAUAAACCUGAAUGUACAGAAUAUACUAUACAUAGGCUUCUUAUCAUAACUAUGGGAUGAACACUUCCCAUUCUGUAUUCAGGUGUGUGCAUGUGAGUGCCACUAAGUGUGUACAUAACAAAGGGGGAGGGGGGGGGGGGGUGCAGAGGUGAUGUUGGCCAAAAGAAUUAUUGACUUUUUUUUCGUUUCUUAUUAUUUAAGACUGAAGGUGAGAGAAUGAGUUUUUGUGCUAUAAAUUGAAGCCUAAAAAGUGUAUACGUCAGUGCACUUAUUGAUAUCAUUUAAAACAAAUGAUUUCAAUUUUUCCUUUGUGUAUGUAUUAUGUGUACUGAAAGAAUAGAGAACUGAGAUGUGAAUAUUUAUUGCUUCUGAUAAAUUAAAGUGUCCUUGCAGUG